AGCGGAACUUUUGUCUGCGUGUCCGCGGAGGUAUUUUCCGGGUGCACUGUUGUCCGCCGCUCUAACGUGUCCCCCUGUGUGAAACCGAGUCGUGCGGGUUAUUUUGAGUUAAAGUGGGUUUGUGGACGGACCCGUCGUCACACAGACAGAACCAGCAGCUCAGGACUGUGCAGCGGCCUGAAACAACACAGAAUGACGUCCCCCUCACCCCAUGACCGCAGCCGGAAUGAUGACGAGGACGACCCCGUUGAACGGAUGAUAUCUCAGACUGGUUGUGCCGAGCUGCAUUACGCUGUGCAGGAGUGCAUGGCUGAGCACCAGGACUGGAGAGUGUGCCAGAGCCAGGUCCAGACUUUCAAGGACUGCAUGAUGGAUUUCCAAAACGCCCGGAAAAAACAGCUGAUGAAGCAGCAGCCAAUGUCCACUGAGUCUACUGCCAGCUGAACUCGCCAAACCACUCUCUCUCACACACACACACACACACACACACACACACACACACACACAGCAGGGCCUGCUUCACAUGUUUUGAAUCAAAAGACUGCACCUACUUUAAUAAUAUAUGAAACUAAAUUAUAAGCAUCUUGAUAAAAUCCUGAGUUAGAUUUUUUGGUGUGUUGUGGGGAGCUGAACGAUAGAUAUGAUGUG